CCACCAUUUUCGGCCUUUUUUCUUUACUCAACUGCCCCGUUAAUCCAACGGCCCAGAUUCUCUCUCGUUUUACCUCUCAUUUGUAGUUUUUCCUCAACUGCCUUGCACAAUAACCAUCUUCACAAUCUCUAUAGAAAAGAAAAAGUUCCCAAAAAAGGGUUCACAAUUCACAAAUUCAUCGCCAUUUUCUCAUUUCAAUCUUCAAACGCUCGAGAGCCCAAAUAGCGUAAAAGGGUCACAGAGAAAAAGAAAAUGUCUACCGAAAAGGAGAGAGACACCCAUGUCUACAUGGCCAAGCUUUCCGAACAAGCAGAACGUUAUGACGAAAUGGUCGAGAGCAUGAAAAGGAUUGCAGAACUAGAUGUCGAGCUUACAGUGGAUGAGAGGAACCUGCUAUCGGUUGGGUACAAAAACGUAAUUGGUGCUCGUCGAGCUUCCUGGAGAAUUUUAUCCUCAAUCGAGCAGAAAGAGGAAACUAAGGGCAAUGAGAACAACGUGAAGCUGAUUAAGGGUUAUCGUCAUAAGGUGGAGGAAGAGCUGUCCAAGAUUUGCCGAGACAUCCUCUCGGUUUUGGACAAGAAUCUAAUCCCAUCUUCUGGUUCAGGGGAGGCCACUGCUGCCUCAGCUUCCGCAAACACGGACCUUCCAUCGACCCACCCCAUCCGUCUUGGCCUGGCUCUGAACUUCUCGGUGUUUUACUAUGAGAUCAUGAAUUCUCCCGAGAGGGCCUGCCACCUGGCGAAACAAGCGUUUGACGAGGCUAUUGCUGAGCUGGACACUUUGAGCGAGGAGUCUUAUAAAGAUAGCACUUUAAUUAUGCAACUUUUGAGAGAUAAUCUCACUCUCUGGACAUCUGAUUUGCCUGAGGAUGGAGGUGAGGAGAACUCCAAAGCUGAAGAGUCUAAGGAAGCUAAACCAGAGCCAGAG